AUGUCUCAUGAAACUCAAUCAUCAACGCUCGCUGCAUUGCAGCCUCUGACCCAGAAGUUGAGCCAGGGGUCAGUCAUCACACCGGAUGAUCCGUCAUACAAGCUUCACUCGGAGCCGUUUGCCAUUCAGAAGCAGCUUUACCCGUCGGUGGUUCUCAUUCCAAGCACCAUCGAAGAGCUGUCCUCUAUCGUGCGGUUUUUGUACUCCUCGAGCUUGGAAUUUGCAAUCCGCGGUCAUGGAUUCAAAUCGCCUUCCGCCAAAGACGUGAUCGUUAGCAUGCUGAGCUUCAAGAGCCUGGAAUAUGACUCGACCAAGAAGAUUGCUACGGUUGGUGCGAGUGCAACUUGGGAAGAAGUAGUAGGGUUCAUGGAACAAGUUGACCCCGAUUACUCAGUUCCUGCAGCCCGUACACCUAGCAUCGGAGUCACGGGAUCUAUCCUCAAUGGCGGCCUUUCCUGGAUGUCCUCCGAGUACGGCGGCAUCAGCGAUCCUAUCAACUUCCUUGAUGCAGAAGUAGUCAAGUUUGAUGGCACUGUUGUCAUGGCAUCUCAGGAGCCGGGUCUUCUCUGGUCCCUACGCGGCGGCGGCGGCGGCUUUGGUAUCAUUACCAAAGUUCUUCUUCGGGCGCAUCCGUAA